CGGCAGUGGGUGGGCCCAGCCGGGCUGGGUCUGCCAAGGCGUGGCGCGAGCCUCGCUGCCCGCUCCUGGGACCCGUUGGCCAUGUGCCCAGGCUGGCCCCGGCCCGCCCGCGCGGCCCGCAGGACUCUGCAUUGCCCGGGCCCCGGCUGCAGGAGUGGGGCAGUAAUGCGCGGCCUGGCCUGGGAGAAACUCUCACUCCACGUAUCUGCGCCAGGGCCCACGGGGGGGCCAGCUUUUUAGCAAUGUGGUCGCCCUCUCUAGUGUGCUCGGAGGUGGGGGGGCUCCUCAGCCGGCGAGCCGGAGCCCGGUUCUGUGACUGCUGUCGUGGUCCGGAGCAGGGAAUAGUAACAGACGGGUGGCAACUUUGCCUUAAUGAAAAGUUUUUUUAAAAAAUCCAGCGGGCACUGGUGGCAAGGUUGGUCUUAGUGAGAUGUGUUUGGAGUUCUCCCCAUUGUGACUUAUCCCCAAACACAUCUGUGCUGAUUGUUCUCUGGUUUACACCCCGUGCAACUUGGCCCUUUGUGUCUGGCCUCAAAUCCUGCCAGGGGUGCCCAAGUAGCUUUUCCCCCAGAGGUGGUGUGAGUUUUUAUGUUGAUAAAACACAUCAGAGGCUUUGGAUGGAAGAUUCUGAGAUAUGAUGGAAUCAUAACAGAUCCAGAGAUGUCAGCUCUUGUGAUUUCAUCUCAAGUCUCCCACAUGAGAAUCUCAGCUUUCAUUUUAAAAAAAAAAAGGGGGGUGGGGGAAUGUGUCUGGUCUUCGUGGCUAUUGAGGAAAGCUUGAAAACAUGACCCGAGUGGACCUGACAGGCUCAAAAACCAAAAGACAAAAAUAAUCCAAAAUUUGUCUUAAAAAUCAUGAGAUUAAAAAUAACGAUCAUUAUUUUGGGGGACCCAACUCAUUUUUUAAUGUUUAAGGUUGGAUGGCAAGACUGCCAAUAAGUUUUUACUCCAAUAAGAACGUCACCGGAGUAAAGACAAAGGCCCCUGGAGUAAAGACAAAGGCCCAAAUCCUGCAAAUAGUUCCUCAUGGGCUUAUCUUUAUGCACAAGAGCAGUUCUUGUUACCUAAGUGAGACUACUGACAUGCUUAAAGUUAAGCACAAGCUGUUUGAACCUAUUGGGUUAGUAGAGCUAUGCAAUUAAAGAGUCACACGAGCUGCUUCAUUUUGCCAUGUGGAUGGCAACGCGUUAUAGACUUUGUACUGAUAUAUGCCAUUUUUCAAGAGAUCUAAGAAAUAAAAAGAACCCUGUUAACCUAUUUUAUAUGUUGUGUUUGACCCAGAAAUAACUGCUCCUUUAAACUAGAGAUGAGCUUGACCUGGAAAAAGAGGCUCAAUACCACCUCCCAGAAUCUGAAGAAGUUUGGAUGCAGAUACUCCGCCUAUCUCUGUAACUGGUUGGACUGGAAUCCCCAAUCCAGACAUCCAUGAAUUUUGGAUUUGCAUCUGAUUCCAGACUCAUUCUCGGAACAGCAGUGUUUUGGAGCCUGUGGCAGCAGUAGCUACCAUCCCCUGAGCCAGGUCCUUGUUGGCUGUCACAGGAUCACCCUCUACAGAUGUUUUACUCCAAUUUUGGCCCUUGCAGGAAGGAAAAGAGUGGGGAGAAAAUCAAUUUUUUUCAGUAAAGAAGAAGUGAACUCCUCAAUCUCCAACAGUUCACUUCCACAUCUCUUUCUUCUGUGGCAGCUGAAAAGUUUUUUGAAAGCUAUACAUAUAGAGCCAGUUUCUGCAGUUUCAUCAAGCAAAUGCCUUUUGAUUUCAGUGAGAGUUCUGUACAAGUCCUGAACAAGAUACUAUUUUUAUUCUAGUUACUUCCUACCAUGAAAUUUCUAAAGCAAGGGGGCAAGUAAGACAAGCUGUUUUCCUCUCCUUCAUGCCCUUUUUCUGUGUGAAGGCUCCCUCAGCCUGGUGAUUACAAAUAAAAUCUUACUUUGGGCAAUUGUCAGUUUUGGAGCCACUUUCAGCAAAAAAAGAACUUUCAUAUGAAAGGCAGCAGACUGUUGUGACCCUGCUAAAUGACCGUAUUCAUCAGGGGGCAGAGACACUCUGGAAAUUAUGAUUUGCAUGGAGAUGAACGCUCUUUUUUCUUUUCUUCAAGAGUAUGACACAGUAGAAAUGUAUCACCAAUGAAAUAAGAGCACAGGCACAUAAAAGAACUCAUAGAUCUCCUGAGUGCCAUAUUAUACUCCAGACAACAGUCAUAUCUGUCAGCUUGGAUAUAGUAGAACUGUGUAGUGCAGGAGUCUCUAAAGGAAGUGAAGUGUGGGGAAAAUGACCUGUGAACUGAAUCUGAACUUCCUUAAGGAAUUGGAACGAGAGACAGUUUUACAGGUCCUGUACCGUGACCAGAUGGUGAGAAAAGUGGAUGAGGAAAGGAUAAGGAAAUUGAAAAUUCAGCUGCAGCAACUUCGUUGGAAGGGGGCAAAAAGUGUAAGCCAUGAAUACCAAGAAAGAUCCUGCGCUCGCUGUCAGAAAUCCUUGGGACUGGUGAUGAAUAGAGGUGCAGUGUGCAAUGGAUGCAGUCAUCGAGUGUGCUCUGAGUGCCGUGUCUGCCUGAAUCCCUAUUUGUGGAAAUGCACCAUCUGUUAUGCUCAUGGAGACAUUAAAGUGAAGACUGGGGAAUGGUUCUUUGAGGAACGUGCCAAGAAAUUCCCAGCUGACGGUAGACACGAAACAGCUGGUGCAAAGCUCUUGAAAUCUUAUCAGAAACUGAGUAAAAUUUCUGUGGUUCCUCCUACUCCCCCUCCUUUCACUGAAACCACCAGGGGAAACACUGCAAUGGAAAUCAGCCAAUCUAAAAGUUUUAAUAAGUCUGUGGAAAACUUGUUUCUAUCUCUUGCCACAAAUAUGAAAAAAAUGUCAAAGUCCCAGAAUGAUAUGAGGGCUGACAAAAGUCUCCUAACUACAGAUUACGGGCAGGACAUGGAACGGAGGAAGGAAAGGAGGAGUCAGUCUGACACUGCCAUCGAUAUUGCAAGCAGGAUAAAAAAUAUACCAAGCUUUCAGCAACUCAUCAAUGGGGCGCUGGACAACAAUGAUGUUUUUACCAAAAGGUAUUACAAGCAGGGAGAAGACAUUUCAACCAGUCCCAGAAGUGACACUGUAUUCUGUGGUGGCAAAAAACACGGUAGUUUAUAUAGCAUUAACAGCACUUGCACCGAGGCUGGCAAUUUUGACAUGGCUAAUGUCACAGGAGAAAUAGAGUUUGCCAUCAGAUACGUCUUUAAAGCCUGCACUUUAGAAGUCUGCAUCAAGGCCUGCAAGAACCUGGCUUAUGGAGAAGAGAAGAAGAAAAAAUGUAACCCGUAUGCAAAGACUUAUUUGCUUCCUGAUAAAUCAUCUCGGAGUAAACGGAAGACAGCUGUUAAAAAGAACACAGUGGAUCCAGCAUUCCAUGAAACUUUAAAGUAUAAGAUUGACUACUCCCAGCUGGAAACACGACAGCUUCAAAUAUCUGUGUGGCAUUCAGAAACACUCAAGAGAAGGGUGUUCCUUGGAGAAGUGGUUGUUCCAUUGGCAUCUUGGAAUUUUGAAGACAAUUCAACACAGUCAUUCAAUUGGUACCAGCUUAAAGCAAAGUCUGAAAAGCCUGAAGACAACCUGGUUCAGUACAACGGAGAACUCCUGGUGUGUGCAAAACUGAUCUUACCAUCCCAGUCUAAAAAAUGCCAGUAUGAAGAGCAGACGAAAGGAGGGAGAGAAGACCAAGCAUCUGCUGAUGGCCAGCUUCACCUUGUGGUGCUUGGAGCCAAGAACUUGCCUGUGAUGAGAUGUGGUGGCACUUUGAACUCAUUUGUUAAAGGUUGUCUCACUCUCCCGGACCAACGUAAGAUAAGACAGAAGUCUCCUGUCCUGAAGAAAGAAGCCUGUCCUCAGUGGAAGCACCUGUUUGUCUUUGACGGUGUGACCCCAUCUCAGCUACGGCAAUCUUGUCUGGACUUGGCCGUCUGGAACCAGGCAUCUUUUGGCUCAAAUGACCGGUUCCUGGGGGGAGCCAGGCUUAGCACAAAAGAACCAUCUGGCACCUGGGAUUCAGACCCCCAGUCAAAACUUCAAUGGCAGAAAACACUCAGCAGCCCAAACAUCUGGAUAGAUAUUACACUUAUGCUGCAUUCAAAUAUGGACACUUAAAUCCUAAUAGCGCCCCUUUGACAAGCGUAUCCUUUCCAACUGCUCACACAUGGAAGAAAGUAUUAUACUCAAGGUUAAGCAACAUGGCAUGCUUCCUGGUCACUUCUGCCUUCUGGAAAGAAACAUCCUUUGAAAAGAGCUCUCCACAAGUAAGCCACCUGUUUCUAUACAUAGAGCAGAACUGUGUAAUUAGAAUCAUUACAAAACUAAUAAAAUAUUCAACUGUCA